AUGUCCCCUGUGGAUCUCCAGAUGGGCUGUGAUCUCUGUGAUGAAGGGAGGCACAGCGAUGUGUACUUACGCUGCCUGCCACAGAGGUCUCAGUCUGCAUUCUCCCUGGCUAGUGAAGACAUGCCCAGUAAAGGACUAGACCCUGCAUCGUCUGUGACUGAGGCUCUUUGGAGGCAGCAAAAAGGACAAUUCAGGAAACAGAAGGAACGCAAGCUCUCUGCAUUACCCAGCUGGAAAAGUGUGGACAGGCUAAAUGAAACAAAUCCACCUUCUGUUUUUCAAAGCACUGAUGGAAACUGGGUGGCUUUGCAGAACGUCACUUUGCCUCGUCCUCGAAUGCUCGCCAAACCAAAGAGUCAAGUAUUUGAAGCUUUGGAGAAUGAAUCCAGCAUUGUGUCUGCCUAUGAUGAGAUGGGCUCAGACAGCGAGGAUGACUACGACUGGAAUGUGGCCUUGAACAAGCUGCGUCGGAGACCUCGGCAAUUACCAGACGAUUUCUAUUACGCCAAUUCCCAGUAUGGUACUGAAUGGGUGUAUGGCAAUGAUCAGUACCAGGCAGUGACCUCCCCUUCCUCUGGGUUAUACACCAAUACUGAGACGCUGUUCUCCGAUUCUGAAACAUCUUCAGUAAAUUCUUCCCAGGAAGCUAAAGGACCUAGCAAACUUCUGUGGUUACAAAGCAGAACUCAAAGUGAUAUGCCCAGAAUGGAAAAAAAACAUUUCCACGGAGAACUAGAUGUAAAUUUCAAUCCACAGGCAACCAGCUUGGAGUAUUCGGACAGCAGUGAGACUGAAGAAGUCCAUUACGAUUUAGAAAAGAGAUCAAGAAGGUGGAGGAAGAACAAAGCCAUUUCUGAAGAAUUAUGUGAAGGAAAAAAUCACACAAAAACCAACCAGAUGAAUUUAAGUCAGGAUUUCGAUGAUUUAUCAGAAACAGAUAUAAGCAGUGAGGAUCAGCAUCAUAAUAUCAAGCCUGACCUUAUGGAAGAGGAGCUUAAAUCCAGAUUAUUUCAGCUUGCUGCUAAAAUGAGUGACAAGGAAACAUCUUCUGGUGAAGAGCAAGAGUCAGAACCUAGAACAGACCCUGAAAACCAGAGGGAGAGUUUGUCCUCGGAGGACAAUGGCAGAAGUAUUCAGGAAGAGCUGAAGAAGAAGUACUCUGCUGUCUCUCUCUGCAACAUAUCUACAGAGGUCCUGAAAGUCAUCAAUGCCACUGAAGAACUGAUAGCAGAAUCCACUGAUCCCUGCGAUUUCCCAGCUGACGUUCAGGACAGAGGCAGAGGGACAUUCCCACUGGGGACGGACCCCGUCAGACUCGAUGAACAGCUCACUACACUGGAAGAAAACGUGUACCUGACAGCCAGCACAGUGUACGGGCUGGAGGGGCAGCUGACCAACCUGGAGGACGCCGCACGCAAGAUCAACACUAUUACGGCAGAAUCUGAGCUGGCCGAUCUGGAGGAUCAGGUGGCCACAGCAGCCGCCCAGGUUCAUCACGCGGAGCUUCAGAUUUCAGAUAUUGAGAGCAGAAUAUCAGCUCUCACUGUUGCAGGCUUGAACGUGGCUCCAUGUGUUCGCCUGACAAGGAAACGGGAUCAAAAGCAAACAAACCAGAUGCAUACAAUAGACACAUCAAGACAGCAGAGGAGAAAACUUCCAGCUCCACCAAUAAAAGGUGAAAAAAUAGAUGGUUCUCCAGUUACCACUGUCAGAACGUUUAACAGAAACUUCAUGCUUCAAGGAUCUCUAACACAAAGAACUAAAGAGAGGAAAAGCACUGCCAAGGACUUAAUGGAACCUGCUGUAGGAUCUGCUGUGAUGUACUAA